GAUGUGAAGCCAUUGACUGGAAGAGUCAUAAGUGCGUCUUCUAGUGUUAAAAAGAGACAAUGCCGGAUACUCUGUCGCUGACGGCCGGUGUCAGCUUGGGUCUGCUGGCUGGUAUCGUGUCGGGAGUUUGCUAUUUAUAUGCCAACGGACUCGCUUGGUCUGGAGAGUGUGAUCAGCGCAAGCGAUGUUCAAAGUCUUCGAGAGAGUACAUCUGUCGUAGAUGUGGCGGCGACACAACAGGAGGAUUCGUGCCCUGCAUUUGUAACUCGCGGUCGCAAGAGGCGAAAUUUGAAUCCGGCGCAUGGUUCCUGAGACAAGUGCAACAAGCGCUCAGCCUCAUGCCGUGGUCUAUAUCGACCGAGAAACUUGAGCAGAUUGACGAAGAAAAUGAUGACCGAGAUGGUCCAGGGCCAAGCGAAUUGGCUCACAAAGAACUUCGGACUAUACGAGAAUUCUUAGAGACGCUGUCAGGAAAGUUAGCCGGUGGACACCUUGAGAGAACUAGGAUCGGUCCAUUGUACGACCACCCUGCCUAUGUACUUAUGUUCGAGAGACACCACUCAGCGCUGCGCAUCACGUUAACGCAGCUCGCCAUCGCGCUGAGAGACGCGCUAACACAUCUACCAUCACGCAACGCAUCACCAUCAAGUACGAGCAGUGGCCACCACUCAGGCGCGACCACCGCUCAUGUCCAGCUCAAAAGACUGGUAGCGAGGGUGGUGGAAGAGGCUGCGGCUCUACCGGCCCUGACACGAUAUGCUUCAGAACCACCGCACAGUCCAUCCGUUGAGUCUUCCACGUACGAAGACUUACUUGCCACAGCUAUACUCAAUAAGGUGAUCGAGCGUUACCAGAACGAGUCCGGAUCCGGCGGCCGGAGUAGCGGCAUCCACUCAGCCAGCGCGAGCCCCACGCCUUCGGAGCGAUCGUCGCCAAGAUCACUCAACUCCAGAAGUACAAGAGACGUUACAACUCCUUUGCGAGAGGAGGAUGACGUGUCGGACUGGGAACAUGGAGAGCCCACUGAUGACGUCACGGAGGUUUCACAUCGAGUGCCAUUCCCAGAGUACGGACGUGACAUAAUCCAUAACUCCGAUAAUUCGGAGCGAGAUUUCGAUGAAGUAUCCGGCAGCGACCUCCAAGCCGUGGACGGAACGUGGGAAGAGAAUUGGCUGUUCCAAAAGAAAAAAAUUAAAACAGUACAAUCAGUACCGGUGCCUAUGUUAGUCCCAAAUUCGAAUGCUGAAUACAGAGCUCUGAUCGGCGAUAGGGAUGCUGAUGAUACCACCGAUCUAUCAGACUAUACGAGCGACGCGGAAGACGAACCAGAAUUCACGAGCGAUAUUAAAAGAACAUUACAUUCCAAACACGUAAUAGGCGGAAAACUUAAAUUAGACGAGACAUUAGAUUUCGAACCGGACAGCCUUACCAUUAUAGAUGACGAAGUCUUUGAAGAACCCGUUGAAGGGAUUAAGCAAAACGAAAAAGCAUUAAAUAGUAUGCUUGACGAAAUUAAUGACAACAAUGUAUGUGUUGUUGAAACUUCGACGAUUGUUGAUAAAAAUGAAAUAGAUGGUGUUGAUAGAGAUGAAAUAGACGGAGCUAAAGACUCUGUACUUGUUAUCGGUAUAGAGAGCGGACCGUUGCCUAAAGCGGAAUUCAACUUGAAAGAAGAAAUCCACAGGACUCCGGUGAAUGGUUAUGGGAAAGAAAAUGUAGAUGUGGAGUUUAAUGAUGAAGUUGGCAAUGAAUAUUUGGAUAGUCUUCAAAAUCAAGGGUCAAUAAACACCUUGAACCAUCACGAGCGUGAAGGCGAGUAUGAAGAAACAGUGACAUUGCCGGUGCAAAGGUACGCCGACAGCUUGAGAAGGAAACAUUUCGAAAAUGGUCAUCGAGAGAUGCCGACUCGCGAUGUUGAUCAACAGGAAGAUUUGAUUCCAGGCUCAAUAGCAUACCGGGAGCGCCAAAAGUGGUUGAAUUACGUCGAGAUGCCGAACAACCCGUACUCGCCUGAGGCUAUACAGAAGAGGCUAUCUUCAAAGAGCGCUUCCUCGCUGUUCGACACCAUCACCAGAAAAACGAGAGACCUGGAGGAUCACAAUGAGGAACGCGACGUCCGUGCGACCAGCGACGCGUCUAUUGUGGAAGAGAAGCGAAGCGCUUCGUUGAACGCCAGUGCUGAGAAUGUUAACAGAACCGACAGAAGAACUAAAAGUCCCUCCCCAAGGAUACUGAAAGACGUGCUGGCUGACGACAUUCCACAAUACAAGCGUUACGGUCGUGAUUAUUAUAUAAGGGAGGCGAAGACGUCGGCGGGAGGUCGUUUGGGGCACAGCGACACGAGCUCCGCGUCGUCCGUGAGCAAGUGGACGGGCGUGGAGAGCUCCGACCCGGGCUCCGCGUCGCCAGUAAGUGCCUGCAGCUCGUUGAGCGACCUGGAGGCGGCCGCGCUGCACCAGAACUUCGUCCGCGCCGUGCUCAGCCCCAGAAACGCGAGCCCCAACUUCGCGAUCAAUCCCAUAUUCGAGAACCCCGAUAGACAAUACGACAACGCUGUCGAGAAUCACGCAACAGACGCACUAAACAGAAACACGAACGGAUUACUUAUAAAACAAUUCAACUUGAUCGCAACGAACCAACAGUACACGAAAUUCAAUAAAGAACGUCCAAUUGAAUCAAUAACUACGAUGACUAAUAAUAACAAUAAUACGGAUAUACUAAUUGAAUACGAUGACGCCAAUGAACAGACAUUAUUUGCCGCCGAACCCGUCGCUGUAGAUGAAGAUACAGACAAAAAAUUCGAAGAAAUAAUACAAACGGCUUAUGAAACAAGAGACAUUGAGAAAGACCAACCGCUCAAAUCGCCAGCGAGCGUCGAUGACUCUUACAUCAGCACCAGUAGCGUAGAAGAUUCUAUCAAAAUAUACAACGUGCAGACCGGCGAGAUUAUGAAGUGUAAACCCGAAGAUAGCUUAUCAGCGAGAUACGGGACCGACUGCAAUGACAACGUAGAUAACGAAAUCUCUAGAGAGGCUGAUAGCUCCAGUCCGUGUCGAGAUCUCGACGAGGACACUUCAAGCCAAAAAGAACCAAGGUAUAUAGAUGAGCUGGAUGAAGUCCUACCCCAUCUGCCUAAAGUGAAGGAGCUGGCCAAGAAAUUCGUCAGCAUGGAGAACCUCAGCGAACCCGUUAAGGUGCCGCAGCCCUACUCACGACGACGACGGAGCAAAGAGAAUAUUUUAAAGGACACACAAACAAAGCAAGUGUAUAUGCAUAGUCUAACAGCCAGGAGCAUUUCAAAAGAGUUUCGUGACGAACUUAAAUUGUCUAUGCCAACUCCGAUCACUGUACCAGGAGGCUCCAAAGAGAUCCCAGAAGGAACCGAGGAGGUGACUAAGGAGUCCAGUAGACCAGGAAGUCCGAUGCCGGAGCCGGGCACGUUAAAAAAUAAAUUAGCGUUCUUCGAGAGUUUAAAAAAUAAAUUUAGCAAUAAAUGAUCUGGUGCUGUGUUAAUGCGAUCAUAGUACAAGUUAUUUAAUAAGUAAAAUCCCACGUCUACAAAUAUUUUAUUUCAAAAUUUUAAAAUAUCCAACUCAGGAUCCAUAAAGUAUCUAUAAUCUAAUAAAAUUCUAGCAAUGCAGAAAUAAGACGCCACUAUAUGUGGUCACAUUAAACUCACAUGCCGUCUAACUGUAUAGCACUUGUAACUGUACCUACCAAUUCGUAAAUAAUCUACAAAUUUAUUUCUGUUUUAUAAUGUAAAAAUGUAUUUAUUACAUAAACAUAGUAAAAAAACAAUCAAUACAUAACAAAUACAGUUUAUUUCAGAAAUAGCUUUUACAUUACAUGUUUAAUUUCAUUAUCAUUGACAUUUUUGGCUUGACGUUUAUAAAAGCUGACAGUUCUGACUGACGAGUACUGUAAUUAAUAUUAGAAUUACUGCGUGAUUUUUAAGUACAUUGCGUUAAUUGUCUAUACAACGGUAUUCCGCGACUACAAUUUGUUUGUCAAAAUAAAUUUUGUAGCUCAUUACUGUGUGGGUGUUAGGUGCCUUUUUAUUUUUCAUGAUUACAAUUAUUUCAUUGCGGAUGGUCACAAUGUGCACAGACUGUGAUUUAAUUAAAAAAAAAAGGUGAUUAGACGACUUAUGGGCAUAUGUCCCAAAUAGUCAUACAUGUUAAGCAUAUUGGCGAAUGAUUAACAAUUUUAGUAACAGCACGAUUGAGAAAUAAAAUAGUUGAACAUUGCGUUUCAAAGUGAUGAUGCGGUCAUAUUUAAUUGUCAAGAUCAAGUUUAGUUGACUUAAAAUUGCAACGAUCAUAAAAAAAACUUGACAAUUUUUUUUUUUUUUAUAAUAAAAUCACAUUCUGUUUCAUAAAUUAUUAUUAGGUUACGGUGUAUAUAACUGGUGCCAUUUUGUAAUCUUUCACAUUUUUUCCAUUUAUUUAAGUGAUCAUAUUUAAGCUAAUGCCAAAGUUGUAAAUAAAUAGAAACGACAAAUGUA